UAUAUGACACAAAAUAUAGAUUAGUCUAAAGGGACAUAAUUACUAUUUUUUUGCUCUAAAAAAACAGUUUUCCCAAAAAAAAAGAACAGUGGGAUUAUUAGCAGUUGUUUAUUAUCAGUAGCAAACAUUCAACAUAUUUUUUUACGUCAUUCAAAUAAAUAUAAAACUAAUGGUGUAAAAUUUUACAAUAAUUCACUAGAAGUUUAUAUGCAUCAAACCAUUUAUAUAAUUUCAAAAUAGAAAUCGUCUAUAAAUAAAAUAACUUAUAAAUACAAAAGAACAGCAAAAUGGUAAUCGAUUUGGAAAAUACAAUUUCAUAAACGGGUUGGUUAUAUUUUAAUAAAUUUAAUUUAUUAGAAAGUUUACGCUAAAAUGAUUUCACUUUACCUAUUUUAAGCACACUCUGUGUUAUUAAAAGAGAAGUACAAAAAUAAAAUAUCCUUCAAUUUUUCAACUUAUUUACAAUGGCAUGUCAUUGAAAUUAUUAAUUAACUUACUUUUAAGGAUUUUUUGUUUUUUUCUGUUUAAUUAAUGUAUUCCUAAAAUCAAAUUCUAACUAAAAAAUCAUGGCAAAAAUAAUUAGUGAACAAAGAUUUUAGUAUUAGUUGUUUAUUUUUCCUAUUUUAUUAUAUAUAUAUGUGUGUUUAGAAAUAAUUAAUAAACCUAGAUUUAAAUCUUUAAUUAACAAUAUUGUUCUAAAAGCUAUAUAAUUUCAUUUUUAUUAUUUAUUAGCAAUAACUAAAAUAAAAGUCACAUACAAAGAAUCAUUUCUAUAAUAUAUAGAUUAAUAUAUAAAUAUAUUAUGUCACAUAUACUUUCAUAUAAAUAAUAGUCCAGCGUAUAGCACCAUAUAUUUUAAAUAGUAUAUACAACAAUUUUAUUAUACAUCAUCAUAAACUUUGAUCCAUAAAAAAUUAAAAUACAUUUGUGCAGAUAUACAUAUCAUAUUCUAAAAAUAUGGAUGGUAUAAUUGAUGAUUUACAAGAUAAAACAAAAUUACUCAAUAUAAACUAUAAAAUUAUUGUGUUCGAAAAUGUGAUAUUAAACAAUUAUUUAAAAGGAUAAAUUUAAAAAUAUAUAUUAGCACUUAUAUAAAUAAAUAUUUAUUUAUAAAAAUUAAAAACAAACAUAAGCUCUAGUAUUUAUUAUAUCCAAACAAAAUAUUAAAAUUGCAAACGGGAACCGUGGACAAUAUCUAGUAUAUGGUUAGUGUCUUAUAACACUGUAACACUGCUAUAAGAUAAUAGAUUUUAAUUUAUGUUACAUAUGUAGAUUUUAUUUUCUUGGUAAUAAUAACAGUUAGCUUUCAAAUGUUAAGUAAAAAUAAAAAUAAAAAUAAAUAACACCUAGCUUUGUUUGAGGUAAAAUUGUUUGGUUUAAAAUAUAGAAUAGGCUCAUUUGAAUUUUUAUAACGUAUUAGAAUAGUCAAUUGUUAGAAGUUAAUUAAGCAAUUGUUGAAUGUAAAAUAUAUUUUAUUUAUGUAUUUGAUUAUUUAAUUAUUAUUUAAUGUUUUUUUAAACAGAAUAUUAUAGGAAGAUGUUUGAUAUUAGCAGAGAUCAAUUUAGUAAUGUUUGUUUCUCAUUUUAUUGCACUCAGCGAUGACUAAAUAUCCUAAUCAUUCAACCUAAACCACCAAAAUUAAGCUACAACUAGCUUAUGACGCUCGAGAUAUAACACAGCUAUAAAGAAGCCAAUUCAACAACUCCACAACGAUCAUAAACACAACAACUUCACAAUCACCACCUCUCUAUUUAAACACCAUUGCCCACAUCUCAUAUACUCAUCAAACAUAAUUAAAUCUGUUCAAAAUCUUCUUCCAACACACCAGCGCCCCAUGAUGAUGAUUAAGCAAUCACCAUUCUUGCUUUUAACAGCAAUCUUCUUGUUCACAGUUUCUGUUUUCGCAGCAGCACUUGAUCCUGCACCUGAAGACCCCAUUUUCGAACUCUACAUGCACGACAUACUUGGAGGAGGCAGCCCCACGGCGAGGCCCAUCACGGGUUUGCUCGGCAACAUAUACAACGGUCAAGUUCCUUUCGCCAAGCAGAUUGGUUUCACUCCUCCUGAGAACGGUAUAGCCAUACCUAAUGCAAACGGUGCCCUCCCAACGGUUAAUGGUAUCAACGGUGUACCUCUCGGGACAGGCUUGUCCGGUACAGCUUACUCUGGUCAGAACCUGAACGGGAUCCAGACUCAGCUAGGUCCUGAUGGUCUGAGUCUCGGGUUUGGUACCAUAACCGUGAUCGAUGACAUACUCACAUCUGGUCCUGACUUGGGUUCUCAGCCGCUUGGUAAGGCCCAAGGAGUUUAUGUUGCAAGUUCUGGAGAUGGAAGCACACAGAUGAUGGCUUUCACAGCUAUGCUUGAAGGAGGAGAAUACAACGACAACCUCAACUUCUAUGGAAUUUACAGGAUAGGAAGCGCCAUGUCGCAUCUGUCAGUGACUGGAGGAACAGGUAGGUUCAAGAAUGCUUGUGGGUUUGCAGAGGUCAGGCCAUUGAUUCCAUCUGGUCAACAUUUUGUGGACGGAGCAGAGUCUUUGCUGAGGAUCAUUGUCCAUCUUAAGUACUAAACAAAACAUAAAAGGAGCCUUACCUAAAGACUUUAAGAUAAUUGUGCAUGUGUGUAUGUGUGUGAAUGUUCUUGUUUUGUUGUAUGUAUGUGUAAAUCACAGAAAUCUCUGAAAUUUAUAUUAUAAGAAUUAUGACUUGGUUUGCCUUUAA